GCAACAUACCUUGUUGUAAUAACAACCCGCGAAAUGGAAAACGUGCGCGAAGCAAAACGCGCUAAACCGGGACCUAAGCCUAGUGCUGUGUUGGAUUAUUUCGAAGAAGUCGGUGACUAUAGCUCUAGCUCCAAGCGCUAUGCUCGCAAGUGCAAGUUCAUCAAUGAGCACGGUUGAGGCAUUGCUGCGGACCACUUUCCCCUGGUUCGACUGGACCAAGCAGCCGCUGGAGCUCAACCCUGGCCAGAAGGCGAUGUCGUUCGCCGUGGGGGAACGCAAUUUCAUAGCAAGUAUCACGCAUAUAAUCAUAUCAUCAGGCAGCAUGGCGGUGGACAUGGAGUGGAGUCCGCCGAAGGGCCAAACAAAUGCAGUGGAGCCCCGACAACCUAACAGCCAAGGGACUAAGAGCCACAAGGCGUUUGUGGAGGCAGCAGCAAAGGCUCGGCAGCACCUGCUUGAAUUUGCCACUGUGGCUGAGGAGGAUGAAUUUCCGCUGGGAACUUUCGGUCUGUGUCCUUGGAAAGUUGUCCAUCAGCGCUGCUGGUACAUCCUUGACUUGGGUGGGAAGAGUAGAAUAUUGCAGUGGCUGUGGUUACGACCGAGUGGCCUCAUUACGACCGACUCGGCUGUCAACCCCGGACCCCACAGAGCGAGGAGUCGCUUGGAACCCCAAGUCCUUGCGCAGCAGACGCCUGGCAGUGGGGCAGUAAUCGCUGCCGCACGGGAUGACAGGCUGGCCGAGGCCGUGGGGUCAUCUGUCUCCACCAUGGAUUCCUCCUACACUGCUGAGGCUAGCGUCAGCAGCGAGCUCUCACCCUCGGGAAUCGUCACAACAAGCCCUGGCAUGCCUCAUGGUGUGCAGCUGCCCUACACAAUUUCUGAGGCGCUGCCGCCCAUCUCACCACCGGCGCCACAGCAGCAGCAGCUGCCUUUCGCCGCUCACCACACAAUGUCGCCCCCGCAGCAGCAGUACCAGCCCCAACCUCAACACCAGCCCCAAUAUCAACACCAGUACCAACUCCAGCAGCAUCAACAUCCACUCCAGCCUCAACACCAGCAGCUCACAACUUUGCAAGCUAGUACUUUGCCGCCGCAGCAGCAGCCCCAACAGCCACAAGCGUGGCAUACCUCCCUAGGGCCGAUUCUGACGACUCAGGAGCCUAUGGCCAGGGCGCAGGUAGCGGCGAUGGCGGCUGGCGGCCCCGGGCCCGGCCCUUCCGGUCCUGGCAACAGCACGGGACGCAGCAGGGAGAGCAGCGCUUCCAUGUGGGCUCCACCGCUGCCAAUAGCAGUUGGGGGAGUUGCAAGCGGUCACGGUGCCAUGCGUGCGUACGGCAUGCACUCCGACGGUGCAGCGGCAGCGGUCGCCAACGCCGCCGUCGCCGUCGCUGGGCCCCAUGCUGCUGCUGUGAACAUGCCCGUUGGGCCAGGCUUGCAUUCGGGCGGCUCACGAGGUUCGCGUGGACAUUCCCGCCAUGCGUCGUACGACAGCAUUGACGUAAACUCGAGGGACGGUGACGGCGUCAGCCAACGCGGUAACAGCGGGGGUGUCGGCGGCGGUGCUGCCGUGGACGCACGUGCAACACCGUUUGUGUUGUAUGGCGGCGGUGCCGCAGCCACCGCGCCGCCGCCACCGGCGCCGCUGCAGCGGAUUGCCGCCGACCCAACCUCUGACUUGUUGCAGCAGAAUUUGCAGCUCCAAAGGGAGUUGGAGCUCUUAAGACAGCAAGUGGCGCUAUUCACUCAACCGUCAGUCACGGGGCGGGUAGCGGGGAGUCUUGCGGCUGUGGCAGGGCCAGGGGCUCCUCCAGGGCCCAUGUCAGCGCCGCCGUCGUCCAAUCGCCACAAGCGGUCUGCUUCGAUUGACGUGUCCUCCCUGAUUGCGACGCGGGACGGCAUAGGGCCCGCGAAGGACUACCUGGCGCCGGCGGCCUCACAGUCGCCGGCGGCUGCCAGCCAUGCGCCUCAGGGCCACCUGUCGCCAGAACGUCGGUCGCCCCUGGCGCGAGAUGGCGGCACAGGCACCGGCACUGGCACUGGCAAUUUCAUGAUGGGACAUAAGACCGCACCGCCGGCGUUGGAGGCCUUGCGCCAGAAUCACCCCGGCAUGUCGUUGGCCCAAGCGCGGAUUGCCGCCGACCCAACCUCUGACUUGUUGCAGCAGAAUUUGCAGCUCCAAAGGGAGUUGGAGCUCUUAAGACAGCAAGUGGCGCUAUUCACUCAAGCUGCCGCACUCUUCCGUAACGCAGCCGUCAGUCACGGGGCGGGUAGCGCCACAGUACUCGAACGAGCCGUCUCUAAGUUCCAUUCCAUCUCCGACCAAAGACGGCCUGGUCCGCCCCACCUCCGAGACCUCCUACCCUUCGUCUACCAGUGGAAGCAAACGGCAGCCUGGCCGCUGCUGCCGCCUCCGCUGGUGUUGGCGGGGGCGGGGGCAAGGGUGGGGCCCGGGGCGGGGGGGGGGGCCGGGGCCCCGAUCUGGCGGCGGCGAAACGCGUUUGUGGAGUGGGCGAACACGAUGCAUCACGAAAUGGUGGUUGAAGAGCAGCCGCCUGGCGGAAGCAGCGCGAGUGGUGGCAGUGGCGGUGGCAGUGGCAGUGGCAACGGUAGCGGCAGUGGUGUCCCUGGCGGAGGUAUGCCUGGACAUGGCAACACGAUGGCAGGCGGGGCAGGCGGCACAGAGCAGCACGCGUCAUCAUCAUCGGGCUACAAUGUUCCCUUGGCGCUUGCGGCGGACACGCUGCCACCGGAGGGUGUGCAGUUCCAGUAUGCGCCGGGCGUCUACAUCACGUUGAAGCCACCGGCACAAAAAGGCGGCCCGGUUCGGCUGGUCAAGGUUCGCUUCAAUCGCAAGAUGUUCACGGAGCAGUCUCAAGGCCAGGCCUGGUGGAACAUGCACAGGGCGACACUGGCGGCGAUGUACGAGCUGACCUUCGACAUGGGGAACAAGGGCGACACUGGCGGCGAUGUACGAGCUGACCUUCGACAUGGGGAACAAGUGCUUCUGGCCGAGAGGUGCGCAUCACCAUUUUUGAUGAAUAUCCAGGCACCUGUAGCACCAUCAUCAUCACCGCCGGGGUUGCCGCCGCUAGCUCCUGGUUCACACGGCACAGUUCCCCCGGCCGCCAUGCACACCCGCGGCAUGAGCACCGACACACAAGGGACGAGCGCCGGCAGCACCGCGGCGUCGGGGAGCAGUAGCAUGUACUUCUCCGUCCCAGUCAGUAACAGCCCCCUUCACGGGGGUGCAGCCACUGGCGCCGCUGGCGGGGGCGACCUUGUGACGGGUUCAGCGGGGGCCAUGUGGCGUUCUGUCGCGUCAGCAAUAGCUGGCGGCGGCGGUGGCGGUGGUGGCGCCGGCGGCGGCGGCGAUUUCGAUAUGACUUGGACUGAGCUGAACUACGACAGCCAGGCCAUGAUGGUGUUGCCGCCGCCGCCACCUGUGGGGACUAUGGGGGUGGCGGGGUCCCCUGCAAUGCUGCAGCGACGCGACCACUCUCGGAACAGCAGCCGCACGGCCAGCGGCGGCUCAAGCCAUGCAGGCGUAUCGAGGCCGCCCUCGCAGCCGUGCCCAGAGUCACCCGUGUUUGCCUUGCAGCAAUUUGGUUCGGGGGGAAGCGGCUCGGCUGGCGGUGUUGGUGUUGGUGUUGGUGGCGAUGGCGGUGGCGGCGGCGGAGGGCCAUUAUACCCAGCGACUGCUAGCGCCCUGGCGACGGCUGCUGCCGCCGCAGCGGCGCAGCCGUACUAUCCCUCUCACCAGCGUGCGCAGUCUGGUGGCGAGUCGUCUGGCAGGUCGUGA